GCCCUUGGAGCGGACAUGGCGCUGGCGCUGCUGCGGCCCCGCGGGGCCGCCAUGGCUCUGGCCCUGCUCCGCCGCCCCGCCGUGCUCACCGCCGCCCAUCGCAGCGCCCCGGCCCGGGACAGCCACAGCCACGGCCCGCCCCCGCAGGGACACGGCGGUUCCAAGGCUGCAUCCUUGCACUGGACAGGGGAGAGAGCUGUCAGUGUGUUCCUGCUGGGGCUCCUCCCUGCAGCCUACCUGUGCCCAGGACCCGCCGUGGACUAUUCCCUGGCCGCUGCCCUCACCCUCCACGGCCACUGGGGUCUUGGCCAGGUAAUCACUGAUUAUGUCCACGGAGACACAGCCAUUAAAGUGGCCAACACGGGGCUGUACGUGCUGUCGGCCGCCACCUUCGCCGGCCUCUGCUACUUUAACUACCACGACGUGGGGAUCUGCAAGGCUGUGGCCAUGCUCUGGAGCCUCUGAGGUGCCACCAGAGCCCCUGACACACACGAUUGUUGUUCUCUGCUGCCUCUGCUUCAUCGUAUUUUUACCACCAUUUAACGCGAAACGAGCGCAAAGCCAAGGGUCCGUAGUGCGAACGUCCUGCAGGGAGCUCAGAGCCCUCUAGAGUUAAACACCCAACUGCAGCGAAGAUGUUGGAGAAGAAACAGUAGAUUUAAGCUGGAUAAUGUCCAUCAGAGCGAGGUGGUUUAAGCUGUGCUGUAAAUUGGGAUGGAUUAAUUACAUCAGUGAGGUGGUUUAAGCUGCGCUGUAAAUUGGGAUGAAUUAAUUACAUCAGUGACAGACUUGCAACUGUCCUUGUAAUGAGAGCUCUAGUGGGUGUUUUUUUAACUGUUGUUUGGUUUCCUGUUUUGUAAAACUUGUGAAAAAUUGAACUGCUUCUUCUGACAUCACAACAACUGGCCUGUAUGCAAGGCAGACCCUGUAACUCUUUGGACCCUGAGAGUUGGUGUAGAAAAGGGAAUACUUUUUUCUUAAUCCAUGCAAUAAAGAAUUUACAGAACUCUUGUGUGUG